AUGGAACCUUUGGAUAAUUCAAGCAAAGCAGCCAAGCUCGAACAAAAUGCCGACAAUUUACAAAAGUCCAUUACCAAUGAUCAACUGAUCGACAAAUCCAGCUUUUAUCAGUACCCAACGCCCGUACACGACACGCUCGCCGGGUUUGACUGGAUUCGAAACAACCUUCAGCCAGAACAGCUCGGAGUAUUUGGGACGCACGUCGGUGGCUCGUUGGCCCUCAUGCUAGCUCUCACAGAGGCACAGUUAGUGCGAGCCGUCACCGCUCUAGAGCCUGUUUGCGACUGGCCGGGAUUAGACGAAUACUGUAUUAGUGAGGAUAGUCCGGAAACACAACCCAAAUCCAGCACAGAUGAAAGCACUGGCUCUGACUCAUUUUCGCUUACGAGCGCCAUGAAACAAAAGCGACCAUCCAAGAGGAAAGGCUUCCGGGGAGCAGUGGCUCCCCCGGAUCUAGUCCCCCUCCUGGACGCACGCGAGCAGUUCUUUGCAAGGCCAGAGAAGUAUUUUGACGCCUUUGCCUCUCCAGUUCUCUUCCUCCGCUCCGCAGGGCGAGAUGUUCCCCGCGCAUUCCCACAGUAUCUCACAGGACCGGAGUACCCGAUCCCAACGAUCAAAAGCGCUGCCAAACCUAUCCCGGCAGAGAAUUACUCCGCACUCAACGGAUCUCUUUGGGAUAGAGAUGUCUAUCCGGAUGUAGACAUUGGAUCAGAAGACAGCGACAUUUCGGAAACGUCCAGCGGCCCUGUCAUCCGCCGUCGGAAAGCGAUGUCCCGCUGGCCGCCCUACGGAUUGGACUACGGACUCAGCGGAUCGGCAUUGUCUGGCCCGUCGCACGGCAUUGGACGCCUGCAGAUGACUCUGCCGUGGGUUCGGAUCUUCCUGCCAGAUGGUAGUCUCUCAUCGCUGGUAUCGCUUCAUAAUAGCCGACGAACAAAAACUAAAGAGACCGAGACAGAGGUCACGAUCCUUGCGCGACAGGCUGAGGAGAUGGUCUCCGUUAUGCAACGGGCUUGCUUCUGGGGCCAGGAGAAAGGGGUUGGUGAGCGGCGGGUGACCCUAUCAGCAGUCCCUAUCAGUGAUGCCGAUGGUACUGUUGAGCUGGAUGAGGUGGGAAUUUGGCUGAAAGAUGCACUUGAUGGGUCGAUGGAAAAAUAG